CAUCGCGAGUCGUGGAAUUUCCGGUCCCGGGUCGCGUCCUCUCCUCGCACGCGUGGCCGCCUCCUCCUCCUCGCCCUCCUCCUCCUCCUCAUCGUCCUCCUCACCCUCCUACUCCUCGCCCUCCUCCUCAUCGUCCUCCUCACCCUCCUACUCCUCGCCCUCCUCCUCAUCGUCCUCCUCACCCUCCUACUCCUCGCCCUCCUCCUCAUCGUCCUCCUCACCCUCCUCAUGGCGCCGCAGGUUCACGCGGAGCGCGACGCGGGGCGCAGCGCGGGGCUCGCGGCCGAGAUGCGCCGCGGGAUCCGCGCGGUGCUGCUCGGACCCCCGGGGGCCGGGAAGGGGACCCAGGCCCCACGGCUGGCGGAGGAGUACUGCGUUUGCCACCUGUCCACGGGAGACAUGCUGCGUGCCAUGGUGUCCAGCGGCUCCACGCUGGGGCGACGCCUCAAGGAGACGAUGGACGCCGGAAAGUUGGUGAGCGAUGAGAUGGUGGUGGAAUUGAUUGAGCAGAACUUGGACAGCCCAGCCUGCAGUAAGGGAUUCUUGCUGGAUGGUUUCCCACGCACUGUGCGCCAGGCCGAGAUGCUCGAUGAUUUGUUGGAUCAGAGGAAAGAGAAACUCAACUCUGUCGUCGAGUUCCAAGUGGACGACUCCCUGCUCAUCCGUCGCAUCUGUGGCCGGCUGAUUCACAAAGAGAGUGGGCGCUCCUACCACGAGGAGUUCAAUCCCCCAAUUGUGCCCAUGCGUGAUGACGUGACGGGAGAGCCUCUCAUCCGGCGCUCGGACGACAACGAGCAGGCGCUGGCGUCGCGGUUGGCGUCGUAUCACAUGCAAACAAGCCCUCUCAUCGGCUACUAUCAGCGGCGUGGGCUGCACACCGCGGUGGACGCGGCGCAGUCUCCCGACGUGGUGUUCGCCAGCAUCCAGGCGGCCUUCGCUCGCGCAGAAAGUAAAGACCUGGUCGUGUUCCUUUGAGGUCUCGUGGGGUCCGAGGUGCCCGCUUCGGUUGGUGUCUCCGAGGGUCAUCGGGGUUUUGCCGAGGGUCUGGCUCGGGGCUCUUCUUUCCGUCCCCUGUGGACGCUCUCCUGCCUCCUGAUCUCUUCCCAACCCAGCUCGGGUCAUCCCGUUGCCCUGGGGCUCAUGACCCCAGCCACACCCUCCAAGAGCUGGGCUGACUGCCCAGGUGAAACGACUGUGGUAUCCCCUCUUGGUGAUACACCACCCCUCCUCAUGAGGCAGUCCAUGGCAAGGGAAAUUGGAUACAAUUUUACUCGUUUUAUGCCACUUAACACAGAUUCCUUCUUGCUGGUGCCUCUCCCCAGAAGGCAUUGUCACCCACCUGACCUCUCUCCUUUCUUUCUGUCCUCAAUCUCCUCUUGCUUUCUGCCGCUGCAGAUUCUAUUCGGCAUCUCUACGCACGAAGUUGCACUUGGCUGAUUAGCUGUACUUGGUGUCUUUGCACGGCCGUUUAACUCGGCCGGUAAAUUCGUUUCGGUUUGCACGGCUGGUAAACUCGGCCGGUAAAUUCGGUGCGUUUACGACUGGUAAACUAGGAUGGUAAAUUUGGUGUCUUUGUGCCCCAGAGGUUAUGCUCCGAGCUGACCGCACAUAACCUCUUGACAAUCACUGACUGGGUGCUUGAUCACAAUUGUCGGGGUGUGCGAUGGUGUGGAUUUGUGAAAUGACGCAGCCACGGUCGCACUGGGAGACCCGCCCUUGACUACUCUGCUGCUGCUGGCUCGGAGUUUAAUUUGCACAAAUGUUUCUGUUCCAGAACAAGGUCACUAGGCUGAAGCCUCCACUCGCUCUGCUGCCUUGCAGAUGAAUCUGCGUGCCUCCUUGUCCACCGUUUACAGUCAUUGCUGCACAUUACUGAUGCAAUAAACAUUUCACUUGGC